CUUGGCCAAAGUCUCGCCUCCUAGGCUGGCAUGAGUGUAGUUGCUGUGAGCUGGAAGCUGCUUAGAGAACACCUAAUCCUUCCUAACGGGAUAGUCGGGCAAAUUGAGACCCAGGCGGGCUCCCUCCACUCGCAUUUACAGAUGGGGAAACUGAGGCCCGGAAAGAGGCAAGAUCACUCAUGGCCCCACAGGGAAUGGUCAUCGACAGGGUUUGAAGUUAAAUCCUUUACAUUCUCAUUCGAGGUUCUGCUCUCUUUAAUGAAGUAGUGCAGCCCUGGCGGGUGCUGCCACAUGGGACAAGCCCGGGUGGAUGAUAGGGUAGCCCGACCCGCACUUCGAGAAACUCAGCAAGAGGCUGGGGGAGAGGAGGAGGGAAGCCCCCCCUCCCCCUUUCCCUGGGUCCUGCAGAAUGAGCCCCAGGUGCUGCUUGGAUGGAGGGUGGAGUAGGGAAUGGGGGGCAAGAGAAUUCCCUCCCCCAACUGUGGCCCGUGCCUGAUCCACCACCACCCCCAUUCCCCCGGGUCCUACAGGUUGAGCCCCAGGUGCUACUUGGAUGGGCAGCAGAGUGGAGAGUGAUGCCAGGGCUCUGGGGGUCAGGGUGAGCCCGGCAGAGAGCCCAGGAGCUCAGGCUUCAUUUGGCAAAAGCACUAGAACCAGGGCCUCUGGGAAUCCCUCUUUGUGUUGAGGCACUAAACCUAGAACACUGAAAGUGAAACUGCCAUAAGGCAGAAUGGGAAGGGCUCUUGAAGUCCCCCUGGCCUGAAGUUUGCUUCAUCAAGUCAGAUGAGGAGGAAGGGUGGCCCAAGUGAUGCCCCAUGCAGCCCUGGCUCUCAGGGAGCACCAGCCCCAGACUUUGGACUUUGCUCCCCUAUGCCCAGUGACUUCUGGGCUUUUUGUCCCAGGACACAUUUCUAGAGCUCCUUGCCUGCAUCAGGCCUUGGCUGUCUCUAGGCUCUCUCCAUUUGAAUCUUUUCUUGAAGUGGGUGUAGGUCUGCCCUUGUCACCUCCUAUUCAGUGAUGUCCAGUAGGAAGCCUCUACUUUGGCUUUUCAGGCCGUACACAACUUGGUACACAUGAUUCUCUUCUAGGCCAGCUGCACUGACCUCAUCUUCAGUUUCUCCUCUUGACUCAAUGUGCUUUUAGGGUCUGCUUCCUGGCCUCCCUGGCCUAAUCUCAGCCUCUGUAGGAAGCCUUGCUUGGGCUCUGCCUCCCUUCUCCCUGCAUCUCCUCUGGGAUUACUUUCCCCUUCUGUUAUGGAAAUAAAGGUAUAUAAUUACUUCUAUAUCAUCUCCCCCAUCAGAAUGUGAGCUCCUCAAGAGCAGAGGCUGCCUUCAUAUUCCUAGGCUUAGCAUAAUGCCUGGAACAGAGAAAAACCUGAUAAAUGUCUGACUUUGUGCCCUAGUUUUACUUCAUAUUUUAUUAUUUGUGGGAAUGUCCCGGCCCUCCCACCAGCAUGUAAACUCCUUGAGGCAGGGCCUGGCCUCUCUUUGUAGUCAUCUUGCCCAACACUGGACCUUAUACAGAACAGGUAUCUCUUUGGCCUGAUCACUCAGCCCCAACCCAAGGCCCUGAGCCUCCUGGACAAAUUCAGAAAUAAAACACCCCAGUAAGGUCAUUUGAUUCUGGGCUGAGAACUGUUCCUUAUCCCAGAUCCCCAGGCCCCACUUAGCUACAUUUCCCUGUGGAAUUGGAUCAUAGGAAGCCAAAGGCUCCAUACCAGGAUCUCUGGUUCUCCAGAUCAGUUGCCCCUUCCUCCAACUCAUCACCCACUGGGCCUCUGUGGCCUUUCAAGGGCUGGAUCACCUGCAGAGAUGAUGUCAUGGGAAAGCCUGGCCUGCCAGUUAGUUGGCACCUAUUUUCCCAGACUGUCCUAAGAGGUGCCAGUCCCUAAAGCUGAAUUUGCACCCCGAGUCCUGAGGAACUUACUCUUUUCUAGAGCCUCAGAAUGAGCUGCUAUGCUGCUCAGCUCCUUUUGCUCUGCAGGAAGAUCUCAGGUUGUAUUAAAAUAACUGGCAUCUGCUCAUCUUCCUUGGUUGCAGUUUCUUUUAAUUUUUUUUUUAAACUUUUACUUUCCAUCUUAGAAUCAAUACCGUGUAUUGAUUUCAAGGCAGAAGAGGGGAAAGGGGUAGGCAAUAGGGAUUGAGUGACUUGUUCACCCAGCUAGGAAAUCUGAAGCCAAAUUUGAUCCCAGGACCUCCUAUCUCUAGGCCUGGCUCUCAAUCUAUUGAGCCACCUUUUAUUUUUAGCAUACUGCAUUCCUCUCUAGUGCAGGAUGAGGUCCAGCCCCAACCCAUUGUACCAAUGGAAGAUGUGGGCAUUUAUUACAUAGUAGGCACUGGGAAUACAGAGACAGUGAAACCAGUCCCUGCCCUCAAGGAGCUUCCAUUUCUACCUGAGGGUAGAGAAGAGUACCAACAACCAGAGGAAUCAGGAAGGGUUACCAGGAGGUGGUGCCAACUCAGGCCUUCAGUCCAAAUCCCAGUGGAGGACACAGCCCAGGCAGUUGCAUGGACAUGGGCAGUAGCAGGCCUAGUUGGGUUGGUUUAGUCUUUACACAUUUAUUCUUUAAAAUUCUGAAAAGAAACACCAAGCUCUAGAGUUGUUUCCACAUAACAGAACCACAGAUUGGAUGGGAAACAGUGAAUCUCCAUUUCAUACCAGUUGCUUUAAAAAAAUGUACACAUCUUUCUGUCAGCUAUUCAGCUUAUCUGGGCUUUCUGCUGUUCUUUGCAUUUAGAGAAAUUCUUCCAUGCUUAAAAAAUCAUUGGGUGGGGCAGCUAGGUGACUGGCUGGUGAGCCAGGGCUGGAGAGAGGAAGUCCUGGGUUCAAAUGUAGCCUCGACAAGUCAUAACCCCCAUGGCCCUUGCAAAUCUUCUGCAUGGGAACUGACCAAUAUUUAGUAUCCUAAGACAGAAGAUGAGGUUUAAAGAAAAAGAUUGGGCACAAUACUAUUUCUAACCCAAUGGGACCCCCUCCUCCAAUUAAAAAUCUAGAGAAAGUAUAUUCUUGUCCAAUAAGAAUAGUAAGAAAAAUGGAUCCACCCAAGGGGCCAUGUGUAGAAACGUCUGACUGUACUGUGUGAGUCCAUCUUUCUGUGUUAGGAAGUGAGUACCACCUUUCAACAUUAGCCCCUGGAACAGAGUUGCUCAAAGCACAAGAAGUCCUUAGUCCUUCAGAGUUUUCUCUAGUAUCCUCUCCGCUGUUCUCCCGGGUCUGCUCACUUCACUGCUUGUCCAUAUACAUUUCCCAGAACUCUGAAAUCAUCAGUUCUUAUGGGCAUUAAUAUGCCAUUAUAUUCAUAGACAACCUUGGUGACAUGGCCCACCCCAGUUGAUGGCACUCCCUCAGUGGCUUGUUACUUUUCCCCUUUUAAUCUUCCUUUCAAAGUCAGAAUGUUUUGUGCCCUAAUCUUCUGGCCUUUAGAUCAUCUUCCCUCUUCACUCCCCCAUCCCUAUCCCUAUCUGUUGGGUGUGGUUUUUUCUUUACCAAAUCCUGUUCUGUGUUCAACCCUCCUUUGGCAUCUCAGAUAAGAGUGAGACUCAUCAUGGCUUCUCCCACCCCUUCUAUGUUUGUAUCUCCUCACAUGCCCCAAUUAUGAAGAAAUAGCGAGUUCCUCCCCAUCAUCCCUUUACCCUUUUCUUUCUCUUCCACAAACUCUCAGGACAGAACCAAGCCAUUCUCAGGUCAUGCCGCCUGGCCUCUGAGCACAAGCUGGGAGCCGGGCCUUUGGAGACUGGCCGUCCCAUCCGGUUCGGAGCUCCCUCAAGAUGUGGGCGGCCCUCGUCCUCCUCUUCCUCUCUUCCUCAUCCGUGGCCGAGAAGCAGACGCCCUCCUUGGGGGAGAGCCGGGCCCGGGUGUACCGGGUGAUCACAGUCCGGAACCAGGAGCAGUGUAGACAAGCGUGCAGAGACCCGGCUGCCUCAGGUCGCCUUUUCUGCAGUUGGUCCCCGAUGGAGCCGAGCCGGUGCGUCGUCCUAGCCUGCCCGCGGAUCGCUGGGUGCCAGCACGCCGGACCUCGGGGCGUCCAGGAGCUCCUCCCAGAACCUGCAUUACUUCGUGUGAGGCGGAACAGCUUGGCCAAGAGAAGAUCUGUGCCAAGCCCCCCCGAAGAAGCCCCCGCCAGCUCCCCCCCCAAAGAAGCCUCCAGCUCCCCCCCCGAAGAAGCCCCCGCUGGCUCCCCCCCCAAAGGGGUCCCCACCGGCUCCCCCCCCAGCCAGAAUGUCAGCAUGGCCGCCGAGUCCUCCCCGACAACGCCUCUCUUUGUGGUAACUAGUGGCAACCCCCCGGAAACCGGAACCACGGCUGUGAGUGCGAGUGGUGCCAGCCAGGGGACCAUUUCUGCCGCCUCCAGCCACUCCUCUCCAGGGGCCACUCUGGGUCUUGUCCAGGCGGCUCCGACGGGCACGGCCUCGGCACCCCCCACGCCCCAGGUUCAGGGAACCACCGAAAAGACCUCCCUGGCGGCGGCAGAGAUGACGCCGUCGGUCCCAAGGGUGGAAGCCGCCACUGCCCUGCCCACGACACACAGCCAAACAAGUGGCCGUCAGAAUGCAAGUGGCGCCUCCGCAGAAGUGACCGUCACCGGACCAAUGGUGGUCAGCAGCCCGGCGCCUCUGCCCACACGCUCUGGGGUCAGUCCGACGGCCGGCCGGCAGACACCAGCGCGGGAUGGAUCCACGGACGCGCCGCCGAGGCCAGAAACCCCGACGCCCGCCCCCCCCACACCUCUCCUCCCCUUGGCAGGAACAUUCAUGAGCGCCUCCCCGGGCGCCCCCCCAGAGCCAGCGGCCACCCCUCCCCGGGCGACAGCCCCCAAAGCCACGGCGGCACCCCCCACCUCGGAGCCCGAGAGGGGUCUCCCCCCCACAAUGCCCCCGAGUCCAGCGGCGCCCCCCGGCCCGAGCAGGAGCUCCCCCACCGUGCCCCAAGCCUCGGCGCCGCCGGGCACGGAGAGCCAGUACGUGCGGAUCGCCACGUCCCCCCUGAGCCAGUACCUGGUCAACCAGAACCUGCUGCUGGCCGUGCUUGUGGUGGGCACCAUCUUCUUCCUCAGCGUGCUGGUGCUGCUGGCCGUGCAGGCCUACGAGAGCUACCGGAAGAAGGACUACACGCAGGUGGACUAUCUCAUCAACGGCAUGUACGCCGACUCGGACAUGUGAGCGUCUCCCGCCUCUUGUCCGGUGCCUCCGAGACCAAACCAAGUGCUUCCACGUCCUUUUGGUGCAAUUCGGGAGACGCCAGCGGCUCCCGGGGCUCGCCGAGCGCUCGCUCCCUCGUCCUGAAAGAACCGCUGCUUCUGCCACGACCUCCCCGAUCAUGUGGGCCAGGCCGGGGAUGCUCGUCCCCGAUCAGGUGGUGCUUCCAGAACCCCGGCACGGCGCCGGCCGCUCCCUCCCCUUCGCUCCCUUCCCGUGUCGCGCUCAGAACGCCUCAGCCGGCUUCAGAGGGUUUCCGAUGGAUUCUUUUUCUGAGCUUCACUCUUUGUGUAACACGGUGUGCUGCCGGCCUUCGCUGAAGUCGGACCUUUUGGAGAUGCGUAACGAGUAAUAGGGUUUAUUUUUGUAAACACUCAUUUAAUAAAACACGAGCUCCUGGA